AUGGGUGAUUUGAACUGUGAUAUCUUGAAAUCUCCUUGUGAGUCUCAUACUCGCAAGCUACAGUUCCUUUCAUCACUUUAUCAGUUCGAUCAGCUUAUUGAUGAACCCACAAGGAUUACUGGAACAUCAGCAACUCUAAUUGAUCUAAUUCUGACAAAUAAAGAGGAAAAUAUUUCAAAGUCUGGUGUCAUACACCUUGGACUUUCUGAUCACAGUAUGAUUUUCGCUAUUAGAAAACAUUGUAUUCCCAAAUCACGGGAAAAGGUUAAACAUAUUCGUAACUUUAAAAAUUUCAAUGCCAAUGAUUUUCUUACGGAUCUUUCACAGAUGCCGUGGGAGAACAUUGCCCAACAUGACAAUUCUAAUGUAUGCUGGCAGGUAUGGAAAUCACUAUACCUCCAGGUCCUUGAUCGACACGCUCCCCUUAGACGUAUGAGAACUCGUGGAAAUUCUCUCCCUUGGAUUUCUUCAGACAUCAAGGGUAUAAUGAGAUCAAGAGACUUCCACAAAAUAAAAGCGGUUAGACAUAAUUCUCAAAGUCAUUGGACAAAAUAUAAGGAAUUACGAAACAAAGUUAAUGCUGAACUAAUUAAAGCUAAAAGAAACUAUUUCUGCAAUAAAAUAGAAGAUUGUGCUCAGUCCAAAGACAUAAAGCAAAGUUGGAAUUUAAUUAACCACCUCAUGGGUAAAAAUGUGAAAUCAAACACGAUAUCCCAACUUAAAACGGAUAAUUCUGUCAUUUCAGACGAUAAAUUGAAAUCUGAGGCUUUUAAUGAUUUCUUUGUCAAUAUCGGGGCAAAACUUGCAGCUGAAAUUGAAGAUAAUUCCCUCAACACAAAUUCUUUUGCUCGCGGAGAUUCUAGGCCUACUACCGACUCCAAUCUUUUUUUCAAAUUUUCUGAAAUUAACGAGGACGAAGUAAUAUAUCAAUUGCGUAGUCUCAAAAUUUCAAAAUCCACAGGAUUAGAUAACAUCCCUGCUAAAGCUCUUAAAAUAUCCGCGGACAUUGUUGGUCCGCCAUUAACUUGGAUAUUUAACCUUUCGAUCAAAAAAGGAGAAUAUGUGGAUGAAUGGAAAAAAGCCUGGGUUACACCCAUUUAUAAAUCUGAUGACAGGUUGAAAUGCGAGAAUUAUCGCCCUAUCUCGAUACUACCCAUUGUUAGUAAAAUACUUGAGAGAUGCGUUUUUAAUCAAAUUUAUAAAUUUCUUAAUGACAAUUCACUUCUUUCAAAACAUCAACAUGGUUUUCGGCCUAAACAUUCAACUCUCACCGCUCUAACUCAGGUGUGCGAUACUCUUUAUGAAAAUAUGGAUAAUGGUCAAUUGAGCGGCAUUGUUUUUCUUGACAUUCGUAAAGCCUUCGACUCAAUUGAUCAUAAUAUUCUGCUUCAUAAAUUAAAAGAUCAAUUCGGUAUAUCGGAUAUUGAGUUAAGAUGGUUUGAGUCUUACUUAAAUAAUAGGGAGCAAGUCUGUAUUGUUAAUAAUUCAAUGUCAUCGUCAAAAAGGAUUGUUUCUGGGGUUCCGCAGGGAUCUAUUUUAGGUCCACUGUUAUUUUUACUCUAUAUCAAUGACCUCCCCGAAUGCCUUCAAAAAACUACUCCUUAUUUAUAUGCUGACGAUACCCAAAUUUGCUGCAGCUCUAACAGUUUGAUUGAAUUAACCGAAAACCUUAAUCACGAUCUGAGUAGAAUCG